CGCUUCUAGACCCUUCUAGCCCACUCCACUCCUCCCCUCCAGCGAAGGCGCCGGAUGGCGGCGGCACCCACCACUGGCGGCGGCGUCGGGACCAUCCUCGCCGCCGGCGAGCGGGAUUACCUCGUCCGCAACUCCGGCGAGCAGGUGAAGAUCAGCAGCAUUGAGGGAGGCAUUGUGGCCCUCUACUUCUCGGCCUCAUGGUGCCCACCAUGCAGGCGGUUCACGCCAAAGCUUAUUGAAGCAUACAAAGAACUUGCCUCACAUGGCAAGAGCUUUGAGGUGGUUUUUGUUUCAGGCGAUCAGGAUGAGGAGGCAUUCAAUGCCUACUUCACAAAGAUGCCGUGGUUGGCAGUCCCUUUCUCUGACUCUGAAGGCCGUAAAGGUCUUGAUGGGAGGUUUGAGGUCAGGGGUAUUCCACACCUUGUUAUCCUUGAUGCAAAAACUGGCGAAGUUCUUACUGGGGAUGGAGUCGAGUUUGUGAGUGAAUAUGGCAUAGAAGCUUAUCCUUUUACGCCCGAGAGGAUCAGUGAAUUGAAAGAACAAGAAAAGGCAGCUAAGGAUAAUCAAACUAUCCAUAGCGUGCUUGGUACACCGGAGCGCAACUAUGUAAUUUCAAACAAGGGGGACAAGGUACCCAUCUCUGAUCUUGAGGGGAAGUAUGUUGGUUUGUGCUUUGUAGUGAGUGGAUAUGGUCCGGUUGAGGAAUUUACAGCAGUUCUUUCCAAGAUAUAUGGGAAGCUCAAAGAAGUGGGUGAGAAGUUUGAAGUUGUAGCUGUAUCACUAGACAGUGAUGAGGCAUCAUUCAAUGAGAGCUUCUCUAGCAUGCCUUGGCUUGCUAUUCCUCAGGGCGACAAGAAGUGUCAGAAGCUGGUCAGUUACUUUGAGCUUAGUGAUCUCCCUACAGUUGUGCUGAUUGGUCCUGAUGGGAAGACACUGAACAACAAUAUUGCGGACAUAAUUGAUGAGCAUGGUAUGGAUGCAUGGGAGGGGUUCCCCUUCAAUGCAGAGAAGCUGGCAAUUCUCGCUGAGAAGGCAAAGGCUAAAGCAGCGUCACAGACGCUGGAGUCCCUUUUGGUUACUGGUGAUUUAGACUUUGUCAUCGGGAAAGAUGGAGCAAAGGUUCCUGUAUCAGAACUUGCUGGGAAGACUGUCCUCCUUUACUUUUCAGCCAAAUGGUGUGGACCAUGCAGGGCCUUCCUGCCGACACUUGUGGAUGUAUACAACAAGAUUAAGGAGAAGAACAGUGAUUUUGAGAUCGUCUUCGUCUCCAGCGACAAGGACAAGGACUCCUUCGAUGACUUCUUCUCCGGCAUGCCAUGGCUCGCCCUUCCCCUGGGAGAUGAAAGGAAGGCAUACCUGUCAAAGAUGUUCAAAAUCCGUGGGAUCCCUUCUCUCGUCGCCAUUGGUCCAGAUGGGAAGACAGUCAACACAGAUGCGAAAGCUCCAAUAGCGGUCCACGGUGCGGAGGCAUUCCCGUUCACCGAGGAGAGGCUUCAGGAACUGGAGAAGAAGAUCGAAGAGAUGGCGAAGACGUGGCCUGAGAAGCUGAAGCAUGAGCUGCACGAGCAUGAGCUUGUGCUGACGCGCCGCCCCAGGCCAUACGGCUGUGACGGAUGCGACGAGAUGGGCACCUCUUGGUCCUAUGCUUGCGCAGAAUGCGACUUCGAUCUGCACACUUCGUGUGCGCUGGAUGAGGAGAAGAAGGGAGAGGAAGAGAAGGGGCAGGAUGCUGCUGAUGCUGCCCCAGCUGGGUACGUUUGCGAAGGAGACGUCUGCAGAAAGGCCUAGAGUUGUGUUUUCCCUUGCCAGAUGAAGCGUAUCUGAAUCAUGUGAUGUGUGGUGUGGUAAUAAAUCUUGCAUCCGAUGGUUUUUGCCUGGAGGUUAUUUUAUCCCGGUGACACAUGUGAGCAAAACCGUCUAAAUAUGAUUUCAGAGUGUUGAAUGAAAUGGCUUGAUCUUUGUCGG